AUGGUUUAGGUUUUGUCAAAGCAGUAAUAACCGAAUUUGAAAUCACAAUUUUCGAAUUUCUAACACAGUAUUUUACUAUAUUAUUGUAAAUGAGGACAAGAUGAAGGUGGAGUCGAUGGGGCAGAACAAAGGUUGCUCGAAUAUUAACAUUGCACUUUCCAUUGAUUCAAACAAUCAAAUUGAUUUUUAUAAGUUGAACAAUUAACAGCAUAGGUGACUAUAUUAUUUUAAACAUCCAUCAGCAUUGUUAGGUCAAUACAUUUAAAAGUUGACGGAUCGUAUUUACAAUUUGGAUAUUGUCUACAGAACUUCUUAUUAGUGUAGCUAUACUUGUCACAUUUCGUUAGUAAAUUUUGAGUGUAACACUAACUGUUUGAAUACACACAAUUGUAAUACAAAUUGGAAACACAAUCCUGGAGAGUUGUUUCGAAUUCACACUUAUUUGUCGAUAUAUUCUAACAACGACUAUUCCUGAAUUAGCAUAUCAUAUCAGAAUGCAAACACACAUAUUAACUAACCCCUGGAGAAUCACAUUUAGUAAUUGGAGUCUCUGUAUCCAAUAGUAAAAUACACGCCUUCUAUCUACCAUAGCAUUUUUAUAAGGAACUGCAAAAAGUCCAUGAUUAGGUGUCAUAUUUGAAUUAAUCGCAUGAUUAAUUGGUUUGCUGUAGAUCACAUACUUGGGUAACGUAUUCAUCCGAUGUGAUACUUCCCAUAUCAAAACUCAAUGAGUAUCCAGCCAGCAAGGAACAAGAAGAUCUUGAAUUAAGACAGCCCUAUUUAUUGAGAGUGGAGCAAGUAGACGAAUAUUCAGGGGCCUGAACACAAACGUUAUUGAUAUAAGCACAUUUGCCAUAAGUGGUAGUCACACAAAUUGAGGGACUGAUUCCAAGCUAAUCACAAGAAUAAUAGUUUUUUGGGUUGUCAUCAUCCACUAAACAUUUAGUGUAUAAUUCACCUG